UGCAAAUAUGAAAAAAAUGCAACAGCAAGUAAAAUCAUUCGCUAACCCAGAUGCAUGGCCGGUUGCUCACAACAAUAUGAUGUACGGACCGAAUGCAUGACUUCCAGCGAUUUUUUGUCUUAGUUCCAGUGACCUUCUUAGAAUUACUGUUUUAAAUGUUUACCACGAGCCAAAUGGUGGGGUUUUUGCGUUAUAAAAACAAACCAUAGGUAGCAGGGCUAUAUAUGCCAGAAAAGCAUUUUAAAAUUUAGUUCGGAGAAUGGAGGCUAAAUUCAAAAGUUGGUUUAAUUAAAAUUAGUAGAACAUUUAAAAUAUCAAUGGUGUAGGUACAAAAAUGAGCGAGAACGUAAAGCCUUCUUAGUUUUAUCAGUCUAUGAAAAAAGAAAUCAAACAUUGUGAGCUGUUUUUUUUAAAGACCAACGUUCAUAUCACAACCAAUUUAUUUUUAUUUUUUAAAAACCAUGUGACCGCUAUUUGGUUCAUCACUAGUGAGGAACUCUGGUGCAUAGCCAAUUAAAAACUUGAACUGAUUCGUGGAAAAAACAACAUGAUGCAAGAUUUUCGACACACUUACAUUCGUCUGUGCAAAGAUCACCACAUUGACCCCCAAGAUUGUGUUCUUGAAAAAUUGAAGAGUUUAGCAGUUGGUUCAAGUAGCAAGGCAGUACUAGACCUAUCAACCAAUAGCCUAACACCAAAAACAUGUGCUGUCUUAGGAAAGGUCUUAGCAUCAGAUCGGACAUUUGUGGAAAUCAAAUUCUCAGACUGUAUGCUGGCAGAGGAUGCCAUUAAAGGAUUAAGCCAGGGACUCACACACAAUACAUUUUGUCGUAAAUUAGAUCUUAAGGGAAACAACAUCAGAGGUACAGCAACAGAAGCCCUUGGAAAAAUGUUGUGUCACAAUAAAUCUCUUGUCAGCCUCUGUCUAGAGUGGAACGCCAUGGGAAUGUUGGAUAACUCGUUUGCUGUGUUCUGUGAGGGCGUUGGAUCCAACACUUCACUCAGGGCACUGGACCUGCGCAACAAUCAGAUCAGUCAUGACAGUGUUGCUGAGCUUGCUGCCUCCUUAAAGCGGAAUGUUCACCUUAAAGCUUUGGACUUGCGCUGGAAUAAUUGCGGAUUACUUGGAGGGCGAGCGCUGCUAGAAAUGUUACAAAGCAAUAAAACGCUGAGUCGCCUGGAGUUAGCUGGGAACAACAUUCCCUCAGACAUUCUUAAAUCAAUCGAAACUGCAGUACAGAAUAAUGCAGAUAGACAAAUAAUUGUUGAUGAAAACUUGAAACGCACUCAAACAAUGGCCAAACAUAUUCGAGGUCUAGAACAGGACAAGAAACUCCAGCUAAAUGAACUUCUAACAACAAUAGACCAACAAGAAGAGGUCAUAAGAAAAUCACAAAGACUUUCAACUCAUCAAAUUGGUAACCUCCAAGUUGCUUUAGAUGAAAGAAAAAGUGCUUUUAACUCAUUAGCUGCCAAGUUGUCAAUGGCUGAAACAGAGCUGGCCCUGUCAGAGCAGAAGGUGAAUGACUUCAACUCAACAGUCAACCGGCUCAAGUCAGAGAUGCAGGAGAUGGCUGUCAGUCACAUGAACGAGCUGCGCAAGGAGAAGGAGGAUAGGGCCAAUGAAGAACUGAAGUAUCUUAAGGAAAUAUCAGAUGCCCAGGACAAAAACAUUCAGCUACAAAAUAAAGUUGAGGAUUUAGAGAGAAAAUGUAGGCAGCAACAGGAGCAGAUUUAUGACCUGAAGGAACAGCUGACCCAUGUCCAGUCUGAGUUAACUUUGAAAGGCUCACAAUUUGAAGAGCGGAUCACACAAGAAAAACUACGUCAAAAAGAAGCUAUGAGGGAUUUAGAACAAUACAAACAGAAAGAUAUGGCCCGCAUGAAGCAAGAAAGUGAGGAGAUGGAAAGGAUACUGAGAGAUCGCAUCUCUAAAAUGGAAUCCCAGAGACUGGACAUGGAGGAGGAGAUCAGUCGCCUCAAGUCUGCCAAUGUAUCCGACAAGUUGAACGCUGAAGAGCAGAUUGCAUCACUGAAACACAGACUCAAGUCUGAAGAGGAGCAGCGUCACGUCCAGCUGGAGGAGAAGAUCCGAGUGCUGCAGACGUCCAGGGAUGAGCUCCACAGCCACUGCAACCAGCAGACCUCCACCAUCUCACAACUACAACACAAGAACAGCAACCUGCAGCUGGAGCUUGAGAACAUGCGCAGGCAGAUGAACGAAGUUAACGAGGAGCUGUCACAGAAGAACAACUACACCAUGGCUGAGGUGGGUAAGGUCAAGGCUGAGAUGAGCAAGUAUCAGAGUAAGCUGGACCAGGAGAGGUCAAUCCAGUCAGAGCUGAGGGAAAAACUGGCAAGUGUGGACACUCAGAUGUCAGAACAACUGCUGAAACACAGAAAACAAGUUGAAGAGAAAGAUAAAGAGAUUGUCAUGUUGGAGGAAAAAUUAAAGGGCAGAGAAUUGGAGCUGGUGCGGCUGAGAGAGGAGGAGGCUCAGAGAGUUCAGGCUCUUCAAUCUGCUAUAUUCAACUAUGUUGGGAGUAAACAGGGAACAGCCACUAGGUGAAAAUGGUGGGAGUAAAUAGGGAACAGGCACUAGGUGAAAAUGGUGGGAGUAAGCAGGGAACAGCCUCUAGGUAAAGUUGAGAGUAAACAGGGAACAGAGUGAAAAUGGUGGCUUGGAAAAGACAAAUUAUUUAUUGAGUCUUGUGUAAACCAUCACAUUUAUUUAUGAACGUUGUUUAAAUCCUAAAUACAUCAUAAUCAUACUGUAUUUAUUAGAUGAGAAAUGUUUUAAUUCAAUUGAUGAUUGAAGACCUUGUAGUAUAUCAAGUGUGAAUGUCUGAGAAAAGAUUCUGACCUUCAGCAUUUGCCAAUUUUAAUAGAAUAAUUUAAAGUAUUGUACACUGUGCUUAGAUAUUUUUUAGAAUGUAUAGCUUACAUAUGUAGCUAACAUAAAAACUAUUAGGGAAGUUAAAAAUAAAACUAUUUACCUUAUUAGUUAGAUAUUUGCUGCUUGAUGGCACCUGAAUGCAGGUAUUUUGAUAUUUUUUCUUCUAUUUAUUUCACAUGAUGUAAGCCUCGUUAUAUUUAUAUCCUGAUUUAUUUGACUUUUUUAUCAGAAUUGAUUUAUUUACAAAUUUCACUUCAAGUUUUUAUAAAAUUAUCCGUCCAAAAUUCUAGUGUGUUCUUGUGGUGUCACGUCUUUAAAUUGUUUGUCCUGUUCUAGUUUUAACUCAACCUGUUUGUAUGUCACCCUGAUAUCAACUUUGAACUUUGACCUGUCAGUGAAAAGGUUUGUGGUGCUGUGAGCUGCCAAUCUUCUCCAAACAAACUUUCUGUAAGCGCUUGCAAGAUCUGAAUUUUUAAGAAGUUUUAAUUCCUCUGUAGUUUUUAAAAUAUAUAUGCUUAAAUAAAAUGUACAAAGUAUUUUAUUUACUAUAAAUUGUAAAUAUAUUCCAUAUAAAAAUGCUCUUGUGAAUGUCAUAUUGUUAUUCUGUGUUCACACACACAUAAAAUGUCAUAUAUCAUCCUACGGAGAUGUAGCAUUAGUUUACGAACAGACUUUCACAGUUCAUGUUUCUAUUUGGUACAUCAUAUGUCAGUCACUUUAGUCGUAAGAUGCCUGUGAUAUUUAUUACAUUUUACUAAUUUUGAUAACCUUGCCUUGUUUUGUUUU